AUGGGGCCCCUCGCCUGGAACAUAGGGCCCCACGCCUGGAACACGGGGCCCCACACCUGGAACACGGGGCCCCUCUCCCCCACUUCUGAAAAUAUUUAUGCUCCUCGUCAUACCUUCACCAACGAGCGGCACCAGAUUCAGGAGGUGGGUGCCGCAGGAGGGCCGGGCCACCACUCUUCAACAGGACCACAUGACACUCUAGGACCACAUGACAUACCAGGACCAAAUGACACGCCAGGACCACAUGACACACUAAGACCACAUGACACUCCAGGACCACAUGACACACCAGGACCACAUGACACACCGGGACCACAUGACACACCAGGACCACAUGACACACCAGGACCACAUGACACUCUAGGACCACAUGAUACACUAGGACCACAUGCCACUCUAGACCACACACACCAGAACCACAUGACACACCGGGACCACAUGACACCUAGGACCACAUGA